GCUUAUAUCCGUAUUUAAAGGCGCCAACCAAAGACCUGUUUAGGAAUAGCUUCACAAAUCUGCCAUCUUUUACGUGUAGCUUCAGACACACAUCAUCCAACAGUCCAUUACAUUGUUUACCCUAACCAAAAUGCCAGAGGAAACGGCAGCUGCUUCAACCACCGAAAGCAUGGAGGAAAAACCUUGCUCAUCAAGUGCCGCUGCAGACAGCUCCAUUGAUGUAACUGAGGAAGCAAAGAAGCUGAUUGGUACAGGCAACCGGCACUUGGUGAUGGGUGAUGUUGUGUCUGCAGUCAGUGUGUUCCAGGAGGCCUGUGCCAUGCUAGCUGAGAAGUAUGGAGACACUGCUGAUGAAUGUGGAGAAGCUUUUUUCUUGUGUGGGAAGGCCCUUCUGGAACUUGCUAGGAUGGAGAAUACAGUGCUUGGCAAUGCUUUAGAGGGAGUCCCAGAGGAAUCCUCUGAAGAGGGAGACAAACAGAAUGAUUCCAAGAUUGAGAGUGCAGACAACCUGGAUGAUGAUGAGGAAGAUGACGACGAUGAUGAGGAAGAGGGGGAUGAUGCAAAGGAUAAGGAAAGUGAAGAGGAUGAAGUUGGAAACUUGCAGUUGGCUUGGGAGAUGUUGGAGGUUGCGAAGGUCAUUUAUAAAAGAAAAGAAAGCAAAGAAGAUCAGCUAAUGGCAGCACAGAUCUACCUGAAACUUGGAGAAGUUGGUGCUGAAUCUGGUAACUACAGCCAGUCUCUGGAAGAUUUUCACGAAUGCUUGGCCUUGCAGUUAAAACACCUUCCCUCUCAUAGCCGUCUUUUGGCUGAGACUCACUACCAGUUGGGCACAACUUACAACUACACAACCCAGUACAGCAAAGCCAUCGAGCACUUCAACAACUCCAUCAAAGUCAUCGAGAGCCGUCUCUCUAUUCUUCAGGAGGCGAUAGACAAGGCGGAGGGUGCAGAGGCAGCACAGGAAGAAAAGAAUGAGCUGGAAGAGUUGAAACAGUUACUGCCAGAAAUUAAAGAGAAAAUAGAAGAUGCUAAGGAGUGCCAGAGGACGGCUGCGACAGCCUCUGCAGAAAUACAUCAGACACUUGGAGGAGCCUCCACUUCAUCUGCAUUCCCUGCUGAAAAUGGUGGUCCAUCUUCGUCUACAGCUAGUCAGAUUGUUGUGAGGCCAGCUGAUGGUGCAUCUUCAUCCAAGUCUGCAUCAGAUAUUUCUCACCUCGUACGCAAGAAGAGGAAACCAGACGAGGAGAGUCCAAAAAAGGACAGUGAUGCUAAAAAGACUAAACAGGAGACCUCAGUUAAUGGCAGCGACGACUCCGCCCACAACGGCAAUGGAGUCGAGGAGAAAAUGGAACAGGAGCCAACCAAUUCUUCCUCUGUGGAAACCUCAGCAUGAUGGGCUUCUCCUUCCUGCCACUUACUCUUCAACCAGCAAAGCAUGCCUGCCUCACUCAUUCUCCAUGAGCAGUGUUUUGUCUUUGUUUUGUAAAUAAAACCGUUUUCUUUGUCUGUCCAAUUUUGUAUAAUUGUAGUUCUCUAUCAAUAAAGGAUUUGCAUACGUGAA